AUGUUAAGGCUUCAACCAGGAAAAUUGUAUAGGCUAUUUCACUUAUUAGCACCAUGCAGCGGGUCACAAGUCAAGGAAAAGCUUAAGCGGUUUGAAAAAUCGAGUGCUAUUCUCCAUAAGACUUCAAAAGAGCUAACUAGAAUAAAGGCAAAGAAAAAUUUAGAAUUGAAAAAUGCGAGGAAGAAGGCAUACUCUAGGCAGCAGGCUGAACACGUUCUUAAGACGAGGUACGAUAUUUCAGAAGACGUUUUGAAAAACGGGUCAAUCGGACCGUCAAGUGAGUCGGAUACCAAAUACUUGACUUUGGUGAAAGAUAGAAAGAUGUUAUACACGAUACUUGGCAUAAACGGAGAACAGCUUAGAGACUCGCGGCUAAUAGCGGACGAUGUGAAGAAAUUCCUGAGACGUAGGCAAGUAGAGAAAGCGGUUUUUCUGGCACGUCUUGCUAAGAAGAAAGGCGCUGCCGCUAUGAAUGCAAUCAUGGAGUACUACUUAUUGGAAUUGAAAUUUCCCCAGUCUGCUGUCCGGUUGUAUAACUGGAGGAAAAAAUGGGGAAUACCACCCAAUGAAUAUACUCAAACAAUAUUAUUUAACGGCCUCGCCCAGCAGAAGCAGCUCAUCUCGAGGGCUAGUGGUGAGAUGGUGCUGAGGAUAGUCGAUAGCCAAGUCGAAAAAGGUGAGCUCACACAAAUUGAAUUCAAUGCUGCUCUGGGAGCACUUUCAAACUGUACAGAUGUGACAUGUGUUUUCGAAUUAUUUGAGAGGAAAAUAGACAACAUCCACCGAGACGCAAUUACUUUCCUCUGGAUGAUUCGCGCUUGUUGUAGAGUUCAAUCCAGUAGAUUAUUUAAAGAGAUCAUAAGUGGAUUUAUGGAAAAAAUACCUGUGAAAUGUUUUGAUUCGCAAUUAGUAUUCGAGUACUGUAAAUCCAUUAGUUCAAGAUUAGAAGACAAGGAAUUGAAGAAGGUUACUUUGAAUGCAUUACACACAUACUUCGAGCUUGAUGUUGAUGAGAAGCAACUUCCCGCUGUGCCCGCGGAUUUGGUUAUAUUUCCACUCACUCACUGGGAUAUUGAUCGAAAAUUCAAGAUUAGUCCAAACGUCAUAGGGUUAUUCUUAGAAAACUGUCUUGAGUGUGAAGAGUAUAAAAUCGGUAUCAAUUUCUUCAGAAAUUUGAGAGACAACAAACCUGGCCUGUUAGAUUUAGGGGCAUAUUUUAAUUAUAUGGAUCUCUUAAUUAGAAACUAUCCAACAUCAUGCGGGGAAAAGUGUAUGGAAGUGUUCAAUGAAAUGGAAUCGAAUGGUAAACUCAUCAGCACGAAACAUAGUUUAGUAUUAGUUUACAGGGCAAUGUUAAAGCAGGCCUCAAAGAAGUAUGUGAGUGCGGAUGUGGCUAAAGUUGAGAAUUUACUCAGCUCAUGUCAAACUUUUAUCAAAGAGCAAGAGGGCAUCUAUGCUAAAGAUUUCAAAGAGAAAAUCCAACCCUUUCAGUCCUGGAAGUUUCUGUUAGGCAUCUGGAAAAAAGUAAAUGUACACAACAAUAUAAGUGAUGUGAGAGUCAAAUCUAUGAUUGACGACUUUGCGAAAUCUCUUUCAUACGGGGAAUUUUCAAUUGGUUCCCGAAAGGGGAAGUUUCUUGAAGACCAAAGAUUUGUUGAACUUGAAGUAGUACGAUUACUAAAAAAUUUUGCAAGCCGAUUAGAGCUACCUAAUGUGGAAGAGCUUGAUUCCACUUCUCCUGGUCCGCUCAGAGAUAUCUUUUUACUCAGAAGACUUACUUUGAGGAUGAAAGAUAGACUUGUCGAACAUAUUGAAAUGAUAGAAAGGAAACAACGGGAUGUGAAGGGGGUUGAAAACCUGGAAUGGUCAUUGAAGCAACUGGCUCAGAAAUUACUAUCAAGUGAAUUGCCGUCAAUAAGUGAAGCAAAACAAAUGCUCAAUACAGAAAUUUUUAAGUGCCUGUAA